UUUUUUCGUCUUGGUUGGAAAGACGAAUGAGCAGAGAAGUAAGCAUUUGGAUUGGACCGGAGCCUCGCGAGAUUUCCUUGAGUUGAGUUUGAGUGAAUGCCACGUCUUACCAGCAGCACCAGCGUAGACUGAAUAUCAGCAGUUUUCCACGCAGGACAGAGAGUCCCACUGUGGCCCAGCAGGCAGCGAUAUCUGACACUAUCCGGGGAUAAUAUGGGCUGUGUACGUCUGCUAGUAUUGACACUGGCCACAUCUGCAGUGCUGCUGUUAGCCGCUCAUUCAUCCACCGCUCACAGCCAUUCUAACGGUGACCAUGGACACGGCCACCAUCACCACGGCCACCAUCACCACGGCCACUCCCAUGGCGAAGAUGAUGAUGGCCCUGAGGUAAAGAUGUUCCAUGGAGCGAGCAAGUGGAGCGCUCAGGCCAAUCUGCCAACGCAUGAAGAGGAGCACCACGGGCAUGCUCAUGAUCACGGGCACGUUCACGAUCAUGGGCAUGCUCAUUCUCAUGAUCACGGUCAUGGGCACGCUCAUCAGGAGGACAUUGUUCGAGUCCACAAGGACAGCGGACAUGGACACUCGCAUGGAGGGGAGAGAGUGAAGAGGGACAUGGUGGAGCUGUGGACACAGGCUGUCGGCGCCACGCUGCUGAUCAGUGCGGCUCCUUUCCUCAUCCUGUUUCUGAUCCCAGUUCAAUCCAACAGCGACCAACACCAGAAUCUGCUCAAGGUGCUGCUGAGCUUCGCCUCUGGUGGGCUGCUGGGCGAUGCCUUCCUCCACCUCAUACCACAUGCUCUGGAGCCCCACUCCCAUCAUGGAGAUGGAGAUCAUGGACACUCACAUGCAGAAGAAGAGUCACAUGACCACGGUCACUCCCAUGGAGCUGCCCACGGUCACAUGAUGUCGGUGGGUCUGUGGGUUCUCGGCGGGAUCAUCGCCUUCCUGGUUGUAGAAAAAUUUGUGCGUCUGCUGAAGGGAGGACACGGUCACGGACAUUCCCACGGCCACUCGCAUGCUGCUCCCAAGGAAAAAGACAGUGAUGGAGAGGAAGAAAAGGAAAAGAAGACAAAAAAGAAGGAAAGCAAGGAUGAGAAAGUACCAAAGAAAGAGGAGACAAAGAGCUCAGACAUCAAGGUCUCCGGUUACCUAAACCUGGCAGCCGACUUCACCCAUAAUUUCACUGAUGGUCUGGCAAUCGGAGCUUCAUUCCUGGUCGGUCCGGCCGUGGGCACCGUCACCACCCUCACCAUCCUGCUGCAUGAGGUCCCACAUGAGAUCGGAGACUUUGCCAUCCUUGUCCAGUCUGGCUGCACCAAGAGGAAGGCCAUGUGUCUACAGCUGCUGACGGCCCUCGGAGCUCUGGCCGGGACGGCUUGUUCCCUGUUGGCCGAAGGCGUAGGAGCUGCUGCGACCGCCUGGAUUCUACCCUUCACAGCCGGCGGGUUUGUUUACAUCGCCACGGUGACGGUGCUCCCGGAGCUGCUGGCGGGUCGCUCCAGCUUCGGCCAGUCUUUGAUGGAGAUACUGGCGCUGCUGUUCGGAGUCGGCAUGAUGGUUCUGAUCGCAGAGUACGAGUGAGGCGCUGCAGAGCGGACAGAAACGUCAUACAGCGCUGAGACCGAGAGGGAAAAGGUCAAAAUGUUUAAAAAGGCUUGUUUAGGUAGAGUUCAGGUGGAGUAUCUUUGGCAGGGCAGUGUUUUCCUGUUUUUAAUUGAGCUGUAUUCUGGGAGAAGCACUACCACCUGAUGGAGAAUGGAUGAUUUUUGAUGUCUUGUAUGUUUUUUUUUGUUGUUGUUUUUUUAGCAGUUCAGGGGCACAUCGCCGAUUUGUGUUACUGUUUGUGUAUGAGAGGAAAAUCAGCAGAAGAGACUGAGAGCUGGAAUGAAACAAAUGGAUGGAAAGGUCUUUGAGGAAGAGGAAGAGGCCACCAAUCAGAGCAGGAGGUGGAAUUUUUCUGUACACUGCUUCUAAAAUUCCCUCGCCACUUUCUCAACACGGACCAUCCAACUUUAGUUUGACUGCAGCUUAAACUGACAUCGAGUUCCCUCCAGAAGUGGCUUAAAUUGAAUCCGUUUUCCAGCCAAAAUGUCGACGCUUCUGGCAUUGGAGUGGCUGGUUCUCAGAUCUACAUUUCAGAGUCGGUCAGUGAAAGCGAACGUCUGGCUCUCCGCUCAGUUCUGUGUCUAAAGUCCGUUUUGUUCGAAGCUGAUGAAUGUCGGUAUUUUUACAUUCCACACAAUAAAGGUAAAUGUUGUGGCUUCUGCACAUGUUUGUAAAGUGCCCUCACGUUUUAUCAAAUCAUGAAAAUCUCCCAUUAUUGUAUUAUAAAGCAAAAGCAUCCACAUUUUUUUCCAACUGAUGGAUGAGGAACAAUGAAGACACUUGAAGCUUUGCUGAACGUCCCCAAUAAAGGUUCAUUAUUUUCAAAGUGA